CACGGUUUCAACCGAUUUACAGAAAAUAGCAUUAACACAACCAAGGCAGAGAGAGAUGGCGGGGGAUGAAGAUUGGAGGAAAACGGCAGAGACGACGAAAAUGAGUCCGGAGGAAGUGAAGAGAGCUGGACUGGAGGGAGCACAGAGGCCUCCCGGUCAUAACCCCGGCGGUGUUCUUCACCAGCGACGCGGUCUCCCCCUUGGCCCUAUAAUCAUGGCAGUUACCGGCUUCCUCAUUGUCGGCACCAUCGGCUACUUCUCCCUGUACACCCUUAAAAAGCCCGAAGCCACCGCCGGAGAUGUUGCCAAGGUCUCCGCCAAUGUUGCCACCCCCGAGGACACUCGCCCAAGGAAGUAGCGCCUCAGGUCCUCCUCAGAACUGUGUACUUUGUAUUUUUACGUUCUUCAUGUUUUUUGACAUUCGAAGAUGUGGCGCACGGUUCUUAAUUGUAGCAGUAAUUUUAACAAAAUGAAAUCACAUUUUUGUUUUUGAAUAAUACUUGUGUUCAUCCGCGCCCGGUCGGUUCUUAAUUGCAUCAGUAAUUUUAACAAAAUGAUAUUACAUUUUUGUUUUUG